AUGGAGGUAGAGUCCAGCACAUACACUGACUUCAUUUCCUGCGAUCGGGCUGGUCGGAGGAACGCUGUCCACGACAUCCAACUAGAUGCAACCAACAUCAGCACGCGAAAGCUGACUGAGGACCUAGGUGACCUCACUGUUAAAGGAGCAGAAAGCCAAAGAGAUGGCACUUCUGAGAACGACCCUGGAGCAAGACCAAAGGAGCAAGAAAACAGCCCCUCCCCGUGA